AGUUGUUAAUGAGACAGAACGCGAAACGGUCGUUAUUCACGUACAACGGGCACAUGCGAGCAGUUCCAAGCUCAGCACAUCAUCAAAAGUGACAGCGAAUAGAAUACGGAGUGGAGGGCCUUUGGCUUCGAAAUCCAAUAAAAAGCGGGUUGAUUGCGAACGGUAACGGCGCAAUUACGUAUGCAACGCAAAUACUUACCAAUAUUUGUGCAAUACAAACUGACACAUAGUGAAUAGGACGUAUGUGUGUGUGCAUGUGUUAAGCUACCGAGUAUUGCCUUCGUAUGUCGUACAUGGCUGCGUAUGAAACCGGCAGAUGUGCGUAUGAAUGAAAAGUAGUAAAAGCACUAGUAAUAACAAUAACAAAAACAAACAAGAUCGAAAAGCGGCAGUCAAGCGACGGCUUACCCUGGAACGUGAUGAGUAACAGCAGCAACAGCUCGUGAGUUCGGGAAUUGCCGUUGAAUGCAAUUUUAUUAAAAACAGACGUAAAAAGUUCAACACACAAACAGCAAACAAAAACAUUAUUAAUCAAAUCGACGGCGUUCGCAACGUCGGUUGUCAUUGUUCAGUGCAGCUGCUUUGAGACUUUGAAGCAACCGGUCGGAAUGGAGCGAAUUUUAGCAAGCGUUUGAGCCACUGCCGCCCCACCGCUUUCCGAUAAGGGAGUGAAGAAAGAGAAAAACAAAACACUCCGGUGAAUUAUUGCUUCCAUAUGUAUAAAAUAUUCAUAUGAAUGUAUGUACAUAUGUAUGUACGAAAAGUGCAAAAUAUGUACUUAUGCCACUUUUAUAUAACAUUUAAAUAUUUAUAAUAAAAAGAAAUCGCACACGCCAUCGGCUGAUGCAAAUGUUUAAUUUCCAAACAUACAUACAUACUCCUGUACAUGUGCAAUUACGCGAAUGCAGUGGAGACUUGAUAAAACGAACAUGCCAUUGCCAAGCAUUCGGUUAAUUAGAUGGAAUUAUCUACAAUUAUUACGAUUUGUGCAUGCAUAUCUGCAAGCUGUUAAUUUUCAAAGCAUAGACAUUACAGUAUAUCAAAGAGAAAGAAUAAUUUCUCAUCGGGGUGCAAUCGGUUUAUCGAGUCAGUACUGUUUGUGUAUGUGUGUAUGUGUGUGUGGGUGACCGUGGCAAACAUUCAGAUUACAUGAAACGUGUCAGUUUAAAUAUGUAUUAUCGGUCGCAUAUGCAGUUGCAGUAUCUGGCUGUGAUCAUUUAAGUGCAAAAAAGGUGUACCUACAUUGAUACAUACAUAUGUAUGUACAUACUUGCAUACUUGUAUUUAAAUCACCGGUUUCACUUUGCGGUUAGAAACGAUUUAUGAAAUCUAUAGGACAACACACUUGCGCGCAUACACACGCACAUACAUAUAAAAUUACAUAUGUACAUACAUAUACACAUAAUGAGUGAUAAAAAGCAAACCGAGAACAGCAAUUUCAAUCGAGCUAAGUGAAAAACAUUGUAUGCAUUUUAUCUAGUGCCGACACUUCUGUACCUACACACAUGCAUAUACAUAUUUAUCAACGUGACAUCCCCCUAUUUGCAUUGUCGUCCUUGAAGUGAAGUGCUUUCCACUGUGAGUACAGAUCACCUGAAGAAGCGAAUUGUUCGUGGAGCAUUGGGCGCUUACUCUAGCAAAAAAAAAAACGAUCUUCGCUAUACUUAUGUACAUAUGAAUGUACGCCUUCUGUCGCUUAUCAUAUCAGCGAACGAACGUCCGUCCCGCCACACGCUGCACUUCAAUACAACUUUACAAACAUUUUGGUACCAUCAACAGCGUUAUCGUCAAGUCAAUAUUAACGAUCAGUUCAGAAUUGUAGUGUCGUGCUAGCGACGGAAACGGAAUUUCAGCAGCGGCAACCGAAACGGAGCCAAAUAAAAAGAUUAAUUGUUACAUAACCUGGCUUCAAAUGUUGACAUAGUUAAGAAAAUCCAAUGCCGCGUUUUAACUCAAAAGACGAAAACCGUAUUCCAAUAUCCACUAAAAUUACCUCCUUAACCUUUGGAAAUCUAAUUGAUUUUGGAGACUCCCUCUGGAAAAAUGUCAGAAAUUGCUAGAAAUAAUGCCAGUACCGAAUCACUUUGCACCGUAAUAGAAAAUUUUAGAGAAAAUAUUAACACUAGCUCCAAUCACAACUUGAGUAGUACCGACAGCAAAAGUUCUAAUUAUGAAAACAACAUAGCUGAAGAUGUUAUUCACAGACAUAAUAUUGUUAACUUAACCGACAAUUCCGAACCAAAAAACACAUACAAAAACGAUGAUGACGAAUGCGCGUCUUUAUAUGAUAACUGUGAUAUCUCACAAGAUGAGUCGAUUUCAUCAAUAUCGGUUUCUGUUAAGUCGAGCACUAAGCUAAAGAAAUCGGUGUCUUUUGAUCCCCAAGACGAAAAGGUCCGCAAAUUCAUAGAAGGUGAACCAAUUGUGGAUCAAAAAAAUCCUUUUAAACAACAUUAUUCCACUUGGGGAAACUCGGCUAAAAAGAAGAAAAUACCGCCCCCUGUUCCAGCUAAACGAUCGACGUUGAGUGUCCGGAAAACUGUUACGCAACAACUACGAGAAAGAGAACGUGAAAAGGAAAAGGAAAAAGAACGACUUAAAAACGAAACAAAUAACCGAAAGUCAAGUUCGGGUAUUAUUGCAUCCUUACCAUCACCUGACGAUUUCGUUACUACUGAAGAAGUUCUCAAACAAUCUAAAUAUGUUAAAACAUAUGUGAAAAAUCCCGAUCCAUAUUUUGUUUACGACCCUUCCAUACUUGCACGACUUAAAUGUGAAGAAACCCGUGAUGUUAGUGACAAAAAACCUUCAAAAAAACUUCGCUUAACAAAUCAAAAUAAAGAUCGUAUUAAGGAUUUAAAAAGUAGACCUUCAAUAGAAACAUCGUUUUCACACUCGAAGAUUCCCUUUAAGAAAUGUUCAAAACCAAAUUAUCCUGAUCUAUCUGACAUCAAGAUCAAAGUUGGUACCGAUUUGGAUGGAAAUUUUUUUAAUCCAGCCGAAGUGUCCAAGAAUGCCAAAAAGUUCGACGAUAGGGUGAAAAAACUUCAAAUAAGUUCAGAAGACGAUCUAGAUGAAAUAGAUGGUCCCUUAACAAAAAGCGAAUCGAGUGAUGAGGUGACCCCAAACUCAGUUCACGUGAAGAAAAUAAACACAGCGUCCGAACAACCCAAAAACGUCAACGUUGAGAAUAUGGAUGACAAAGAAAUAUUUGAAGAGGCGGCUGAAGGCACAUUUACCAACACAAUAAAAUCUAAAGAGUUUCAUGAUUAUCUUGAAAAAAAAGGCCUUACUUUGAUACCCAAAAAAAUUCCGAAUGGCGCACAAUCUGUGUAUACAACUGGCAGGCAGAUAUUUAGAUCUGAUACUCGUAUCUCUUUUAAAAGCCCCGAGAGCGUACAGAUCUCAGUAGAUACCACGGACUCUGUGCGUAAUUCUAAAAAGCCCUCAGUAUUUCAACGUCUUCUUUCAAAUAGUAUUUUUGCUACUAGACGUAAAACAACUCCCAAAGAUAUCGUUCCUACGCCGAAAUCACUGAACAAUUAUAAAAUGCAUUUCAAAGAAAAUAUAGAUAACCCGCAAUCUUCGCUUAAGCGAGUGGUUUUAGAAAGACAAAGUUUUCACGGACGUCCCCAUGCAAAUAAUAAUUUAUUAAGUCCUGCCGAAACGGAGUUCCUGAAACACCAACAGCAACAUUCCCGCAAAAGCUUUGCAAGUGGUGAAAACUUAUCUGAUGCCCUAUCUAGUGCUUUACCAAAUGACGAGCUGCUCCACAACUCAACAGCGGAAGAAGAUGUGGACACCCCGUUCAUAAAACCAUCAAGACGCCCACAUUCCAGAGAGAGAUUGGUGAUCUCUCAACAAAAUAAACCCUCUCAAAAUAACACGAUAUUAAAACCAAGGGCGCAUCGACUUUACGCCAUAAAUAACACAACGAAUCUAACGACGGAAGGACUUGAAAAUGCGUCAAAUGGUACACUAAAACGAAGCGUUGAGCGACAAAGUCUCAUACCCAAACGAUCUAAUCAAACUUUGAAUCGCAAGCAAAUGUUUAGUCGUUCUAGUUCAAUAGAUCGUAAUGAGAUAUUGAAAAAGAGACUUCUACGAGAGCUUCAAAACAAAUCAAAAAGUGAUAAUGAAGCUUCUAAGGUUUCUACACCUUUCACUUCUAAAGAAAACAUUGGAGAACAAUUUUCUACCAUGAAUGGACCCAAAUCCACUUCAACUCCAAUCCGAAAUGUAAAUAAUGAUGCCGAACACCACAGUUUAGAACAUAGUGUAAGCCUGGCAAAUAAAGUUUACGUCGACCAACAAGAGUGGGCGCGGUUAAAAGCAAUUAAAGAUCGUAUGGACAAUGAGCUAUACCUGAAAAUGUUACAAGAACAAAAAAUACAGCAAGAUGCUGAAAAUAUAUAUGAACGUCUCCAGCCACAAAAAAUAUCGGUAACGCAACCUAAUAGUUUAUCCAAACCGCCCAUAACAUUAGAACCCAACUUUAUUCGGGGAUCUCCACAAAGGAACACAUUCUCAGGCUUGACUAAAAAUCGUCAAGCUAAGAUUAUUGAUGGUAGAGCAUUAAUUCCAUCAUCAUUUCCUGAAACUAUGCAGUCCAUUAGUAACAUUAAAGAAAGUGUUUUCGAAUCUACCCCUCGCAGUCAAAGCGUCUUGGACAAUAUGACUUAUACUUCUAGAAACGGUAACAUUAACAGAAAAGGCCACGGAAUUGACAUGGGUACACCAGUUGUCCUACGACGAAAAGAUAACAAAAUAUCCGAACCGGUGAGUAAUCCAGAACAGCGUCGUAUCGGUGGUAUACUAACCAGAGAUGAGAUAUUGCAAAAAGUGAAAGAUUUUUGUAAAAAAUCCCUAAAUAAAACCUCAAUUAUUCAACAAUCACAAACUAGAGCAAUUCAUAAUAAACAAACUGGUCCAUCUGAUUUGUCUCCAGUAUCAUAUGCAUCCGUCGAAACGAACCAGAGACCUGCUUCCCGAAUGUAUGCAGCUCCUCAAGUUCCUCAACGUAUGCAGAGCUUGCCUCAACAAUUCAUACCAAUAAAAACGGCGCAAAUGAUAAACGAAAUAAAUCCGAAUACAGCAUCACCAAUCUAUGCACAUGUGGUAAAAAGGAGUAGCUUACUAUCAAACAAUUCGGAAAUUUACGAUAGUCCUCAAAAAAUUAACUUCAUCCGACGAGAUCUAGAAACUCCUGCAAUAUAUGUAGAGCAUUCAAAUUUGCCUACUCCACAAUAUGUACUUGUUGAGGGCGAUAAAAUCGUACCUGCGAAACAAGUAUUCAGCUAUUAUCCCGGACAGAAUGAUAUUUACGCCCAACCACAUUACGUCCGGCCGUACAAUUUGCAAACUGUUCCGGGCGCUUAUGGUUACAUAAGUGUUAGGGAACCUCUUUUGAAUCAGCAAUUACAUCAUAGGUUGUAUAAUGGGCGAAGUACUCCAUUGAUACUUGAUCAAUCAAGUCAACAGGCGAGUCAAAUAUAUUGGACGCCACAUAGUCAGCGGUUACAGCAGCAUUCUGGACUACAGCCAGUGAACAUUAGUAGUCCCUGUUAUAUGCUCAAGCAACUAAAUUCACCGUCCACAACUAGAAUGGAGCUCCCGAAUAGCACUAAUAUAAAAACAAUUCCGAACACUACAGACCUCCAAAUUCAACAUGCAGCAACAAUUGGAAGUAGAACACCAAACAAUCGACAGACACAAACCAAACCAUCAUCUAAGCAAUUAGAAGCUUUAAACAACCAACAUUCCUACGAUUGGGAGAGUGGCUCCGAAGCUGGCGAAGUACGACGUAUUUUAGAGAAUACGGGAAACAACGGUGAGUCCAGAGGAAGUCAUUUAAUAAGAAAUCUCAAAAAUAAGCUAUCUCGACUAUUUUCAUGAAAUAACAUCUAUGUAAUACAUACAAAAGUAUUAUAUAUCUAUAUGUAUGUACAUACUAGAUCUAUUCAUCAAUGCAUACUUCUACAUUUAGUGAUAGCUAACUUAAGCAAAAUUCCAUCAAAAGAAGAUUUUCGCAUGUACAAUAUAAUCAUUAGUAUUUAGUUAAUUUCAUAAUAGUAUUUAUUCACCUACGCCAUGAAAAAAAUGUGCUUGAAAUUUACAAAAACUGUCUUUGCUUCGCAAAAACUUGGAGAGUGGUGAAUCGAACAAACAACCUGCCUAACUCAAAUAAAGAUAGAAUAAAAUUCAAACAAAGGUUUUACAAGGAAAUAAUAGACAACAAUAACUUGAAACUAAUAGAAGAAGCAUACAUAUGUAUUAGUUGGGUCUACCAGAUUUAGGGCCGUGCGCUCAAUGUUUGGUUAGCAACCAUCUGCAGUUAAUAUUUAAAUUUAGAUGGAAAGCAAAUAAUUGUUAUAACGCCAGUAAAAGAACAAUCCUUCACUAAUAUUAAAAAAAUCCUAAUUGGUGCAACCAUAGCAUUUGUAUUAUGUCAAAUUACACAGUACGAUAUUAUUAAUAUCAAUGUUUAUGGUAUGCAAUCAACAUUGGUUUUUUGUAAUUUAUCAAAUUGAAUUUCAAAACAAGAAUUGUUAUAAUAACUGAAUAAUAUAAGUACAUACAUAAAUACAUUCAUAUGUAGUUAAUUUUUUAGUGAUUAUUACUAAUUCAAAUUAAUGAACUUGCUUUGGCCAUACACUCAAACUGGGCAAUUAUUAAAGUUUUGAAAUAAAUAAUUUUCAAUAUUUUUCGUUCUCCUUUCAUUGUUCAUUUGAAUAACUAAGCCUACACGGAUUGCCAACGACAAUAGCAAUAAAUCUGGCAAUGCUACGGCAAUAUUUUGUCCUGUCGAGAUGCCCCGUAACGUACUCUCUGUUUGUGACUUUUUAUCAGUUAAUUUUUUUUAAUUAUGUGGCAACUUGAAGCAAAGCCAAACAGCUGUUCACAAAAUUGUAACAAUUUAAUUUGUUUGGGUAACUCGUGAAAAUUUCGCCGCAAUUGACAGCAAUAAAAAGUACUGGAAUUCACAAUUUUUCAUAUCGUAUAUAAAUGAAAUGAUAUGAAAGUAAGUACAACAUAACAAUAAAACUUCAUAUUUUCUUGUUUAGCUUAUAACCUUAAUAUUCAUCUUGUUAGUAAGAGUGUACAUAUUCACGUAAAAUACUGUGGCAACUUUUUACUACUAUUUGUUUGCCUACUGUAAGAUUAUUGCGUAUUAAUCGUUCUGCUUUUUUGUAUUUGGAAAGAUUUUUUCUUGCAUUCUACAUUAGUAUCGUAGGGUUUGAAUCUAAUUGUUUAUAUUUUUGUGUUGUGUUAAUUUUUAGGGUCAAUGUUUUGAAAAUAUAUCAAGGUGAUUUUAUUUAUGCCAAGAUUUAGUUUCGUCUAAUAAACAAAGUGUGCAUACUUUAGUAAGUGCAUACAAGAGUGAUGGAAAACUAGUCUAUCAUUCUGGAAGUACAUAUCAGAUAAUGUCAAAGAUGUUUUAACAUACAUAUAUCCUGUACCUAAUUAUAGUAACGGAUUUUUGGAUGCAAAAAAAGUCUUAGAUUUAUGGAUGGCGGUUGUGACUAAAAACAUCAAAACUUAAAUAGGUAGACCAUGGACCAUUUAAAAAAGGCCUCGUUAAAUUCUCUCACUGAUGACGAAUCAAUAACAACUAGUACUGAGUCCGAUUCAGUAGAGACUUGGACAUUAGUGAAUGAUAAAAAUAAAAGGAAAGAAAAAGAUUCUUCGUCUGAAAUUCUUGCAGAUACAAAUAAUAAAAUUGAUAUACUAAAAAAAUGUAAUGAUUCUCCAACGUCUGAAAACAAGGAAAUCCAUGGAAAUAUUGACUACCGAUCUGAUGACGACUCCAAUGUUGAUGAUAUUUCCGAAGGUAUCUCAAUCAUCAGCGAAAGCGAGAGCGCUGGCCGAGCUUCACCACUUGAAAUUGAAGCUAAUUUAACCAGUGUAAAUUUGAAUGACUAUCAGGAAAAUAUUUCCCCUAACUCAAGGCUUCGGUUGCCUAUACAUAUUCCACAAUCGUCUUAUUUACUAUCCUCCACAGGGAACAGCGCAGAAGAAAGUUCACUUAAACAGCGACGUAUACGUCAUACAAGUUCAAGUGAAAUUCAAGAAGCAAAAGAAUUGAAUAAAAAUGUCGGCAGUAGUCUUGUAGACAGAUCCGUUCAUCCACUUGUGCGGCGUAGUUUAAAGGGGGCAUUCUUUAUUUGUGUUGGUUUUGCAAUAUUGGCUUUUAUAGGAAAAUUAUGCAAUCCUGAUUGGCAGCCAUGGCAUGUUAGUAAAAAUUUGUCUGUAUUAGAAGAAAAAUUAACAAACUUGGAAUUAAAAAAUAAUUUAAUGCGAGCGGAAAUCGACAUUUUAUCAAAACAGGUUAACUAUUUGAGUAAUUUGUGGGAAAGGGGAAAAAAUAUAAGAAACGAUUUCGAAAAGGUACAGAAAUCUCAGCACCGACAUUACAAACAGGCUGACGAAUUGCCAAUGAAACAAAAGAGUAAAAGUUUUAAAGCAUGGUCGGGAAACGGAGAUAAUAUCGAUUCUAUACAGAUAACAAAGAACGAUCUAAAAAAGACAUAUAAAUGUGCUGAUGGAGAUGGAAAUUUUAGAGAAAUUGCUGGGAUGUGUGUAGAAAGGACGGAGUCGAAUAUAAAAAACAUAGACGAUAUUAUCCAAAAAGUCGACGAUGUUGUGGUAGAGCAAAUUCUUGAGGGCAUAGAAUUAUUAAAAGAAGUUUCAGGAACAGAUGAAACUAUUAAUAUUGAUGAACCAAUUUCUAAGGUUGACCCAAGUGAAAAUUAUAUGUAUAAACAAAGUCGCAACUCAAAUAAAAGAGAGCAGUACACUUCCGAAAAUAAAUAUGAUGCAAAAACACAUUGGAAGCAACACCGACGUUUAUAUACUGAAGAAGAUGAUGAUAUCGAUGCCUACGGGGAAGGGUCCGGACGGAAGAAAACUAAUUCGAAAGAGAGAUUUGGCAAGCGCUAUAAAGAGCGUUCUGAAGAACAUAUGUCCAAGAGCCGUUUUCAUAAGGAUCGCAAUUUUGAUAAGACAUCGGCUGAGCGAACGUCUACAAGUGGCGAAUGGCAUGGAAAAUUAAUGAAACAACGAGAAGCCGCAAGAAAUGAAAAUGAAAUUCGCCAACGCAGAAAGAACUGGUACAUCGAACGCGGUAACGAACGAGAGAAAAUGCGCCACAGUUAAUAUUAGUAGAGACCCGAUUUUAUUUUUACUUAAUGCUUUAGAAUGAUAACCAGUUAAUUAUUAAUUUACGAUUUUCUUUUGUUUUAAAUAUAUUAUCUUUUCCUAUUUAGAGCAUCGAAGGAUUCCAUGCUCUAACAAUAAUUUUGUGAUAAAUUGUAUUAUGUUAAUUUUACCUUGUAGUACACUAUAUACGCUAUAUUGUUUUUACCCUAAGCACAAUACAAAUGAGAAAGGAUAUAAGAUAAAUACAUCAAUAAUUAUAGAAAAUAAAAGGACUAUUUCCCUGCUAAACGUGUUUCACAAAAAAAUAUUUACUAUAUAUAUGUACAUAUGUCAAACAAUGUCUUGUAACUUUAAUGUAAUUAUUUCAAAAAUCCUUGUAUAAAAAUAAAAUAUGUAAUCGUAAAAACGUA